AUGUUCAAGAAACGGAAUGUGAAGCAGGAGCAGAAGCGAAAGCGUGAGGUAGAGGGGACAGGCGAUGGUGGUGAUGUCGUGAAGAAGAGCAAGACGGAAAAAAGGGGCCUUGACACGUUAACGAGGGUGGACGGCAAAAAAGAGAGCGAGUCUAAGGUAAUCAAGCAAGCAGUCAGCAAAGAGCAGGACGAGGAAAGCCAAUCUGAGGAUCAAAGUGACCAAUCAAAGGAUGUUAUGGAGAACAAGUCGGGAAGGUACAACAUUAAACAAUUGUCUUCCAGCAUCAAGACCAAUACAGUGAUAGAUUAUCAGCCAGAUGUUUGCAAAGACUUCCUUAAGAAUGGCUAUUGUGGUUAUGGAGAUACGUGCAAGUUUUUGCAUUACAGGGAUGAGUUUAAGGUCGUGAAGAACCCGAAGAAAAGGGAAUGGGAGGAGGUGUUGAAGAAGAAUAAAAGAUUCUAA